AUGUCAGAUCAUAAUCAAUUAUUCAUUUUAGUACUGAGGUUAAAGAAAAUUGUGAUGGGGACACUCUAAAUGAACUCAUCUAUAUUAUUAGAUGAUACUUUACAAACCAUAAUAGAUAAAUGUGUUGAUUGUUAAGAAUGUGACAGAGCUUCCUGCUUUAUUGUUGAUCAAAGCAAAAAGGAAUUAUGGACAAGUGUAGCUAACGGAACUUCAGCUACAAUCCGUUUAUAGGUGGGGCAAGAAUAGCUGGAGGAUGCCUAUAGAGAUUAAAGAUUUAAUUCAUAAUAGGAUAUCAAGAAUAAUUAUAAGACCAAAACAUUAUUAGUGUGUCCGAUAAUGGAAAAUGAGAAAUGUGUUGGAGUGUUGCAAUGCGUUAACAAAUAGAGUGGAUAUUUUACAAAGGAUGAUGAGGCAUUGCUGCAAAUUAUGCGCGAAUUUUCAAGAUCGGUAUAAAAAAAUGCGAUGAAUCAUGAUGCUUAAAUGUUAAUUUAAAAUAAAUUGAGACACUUGAUAAACACUGGAGUUUUGCUUUAAUCAAAAUAAAAUGAAAUUCAUCAAUUUAUUUAAUAAGCAGAGGAGAUUAAGAUCACUAAUGAAUGUAGAUUUUGCAAAAAUAGUUUAUAAUGA